CGUUAGACAGAGUAAAGCAUGCAGGAUUUCACAGCACUAAACGGUGUACCAAAUCAGGCCACACGAUGGACGUAUCGCUACCUACUUACACAGAUUAUCUGGUGCUGCGUUACAUCUGAAAAAACGUUUCUCAGUCCUUGUGUCUUCUGAUCAUCAAACACGUUUUGACUAGACCGCCCAGAAGGCAGCAUUUCGGUGCAAGAGGCGGUUCUCCGUGUUCCUUUCGUUUUUUUUGCACGAGUUCGUAUAGCCAAACUAUGUUUUGAUAAGCUGUUGUGAUAAUCCAUCAACCGACAGACCUGCCUACUCGGAGUUACAACGCUGUUCGUUUCACCCAAUGUUGUAUUUUUGCUCUCUCCCCUGCGCUGGUGAGAGAGCGAGCAGAGAGCGAGAGCGCGCCUGAGAGGGCAGACGGGAGAGGAAGACACCGUGUAUUUUGAUAGGAUUGCAUUCCUGGUGAUGACUGAAUCGUACAUUCUCCGGAUUUUUUGAAGCCCUAACAACUUGGGCUCUGUGUGGGGCACGAUCCUUUCUCGUUUUCACGCAUUAUGGAGUUUGCCGUGUGUUUAAAUACAAAACGUGGAUGAGAGAAAAGCCGAUGCGAUAGUUCUGCGAAUACUUGGAUUGCUCCAUGAAUAAAUACACAUUUUGUUACUGGCUAACGCAUCCUCCAGGAUACAGACCCAGAUGCUGUUCUUGAUUUCAAAUUCUUGGUAGAAUUGCUGCAUUGUUCCGUCGUUACAUGCCGCCGGGACCGGAUUGAACGCAGCCGCCGAGGAGGAUGCUCUGCGUUUGCUUUUACCGGUCUGUUAUCUUUAAAAAGACAAUAUUUGCACCUCCCAGUCGCGAGUAGCGGAAAUAAACUUUAUUCAGUUUCUGUGAUAGAUGCAUGCUAUUUUCUGUUACCAGCUGUACGGAAACGACAGUCCCGCUCCGUAAACAAAACUGGUAAUAUGCGUGUAGCAGAUGAUGAUGGUGCACACGUAUUUAAUUUUUAUUACUAAUGUUACUUGCAACCUGGAGAACGGGGUGCAUUUCGAGCGUCUGCUCUGUUACCAGUUAGCAGUACUACAGAGCAGCCUGUUUAGCUUGUGAGGACGUAACAGUAAUACGGAAACUGACCGCGGGCAGAACAGCUUUAUAUCAUUAUCUUUCAUUUUCGUAUGAGCCGUUCUGAAAUAUGUUACACAUAUUUUGAUUAGAGGAUCUAUGUAAAACUACAGUGCAUCCGCAAUGCAAGUAUUAUCAUUAACGAUGUCAUGUUUGGUUUCUAGAUUGUAGACUUAACCUAGGCCUGUGUAAUUUCGAUCGAUAGCAGCAUAAAGAACGCCGCCGUUUGUGUUAGCUAAUAACGCGUCUCUCGGGUGCAUUUCAAAGACCCUCGCGAAUGAACUUUUCAUACAUGCAACAAGGCAAACAGAAGUAACAGGAGGUGGAUGUGAACGUGCACACCCGUAACUAUACAUUAUCAACAGUCAUUUGGAGCUAGAGACGAAAUGUUUUUUCGAAAGUUACCCGGCGUGUCAGCAUCGGGUAUGGGUCUCCGCUUAUCUCAGAAAUUUGUUUUUUUACUCUUCUUGUCGGGCUUGGUAACUCUCUGCUUCGGGGCCCUGUUCUUCUUACCAGACUCUGUUCGCUUGAAACGGAUUUUCCUGUCAAAAACAGAAAAUCAGGCGGUAACGGUGGGGUCGGAGAACGGAGCACGGGAUCACACAAAAAAGGUAAACAGGGACCAGGAGCACCCCAGGGGGAUAACCCCGGGGAGAGGGGAGACGAGUACAAAACUGAAAAGCAUGAGUCGCAAGCCAUCCGUCACCUACGAGGCGAGAACUGCAGAGAAAGCGGCCGCAGGUAAAUCACCAGAGGACUGGAAUCAAGCGAGAUCUAAAGAUGAGCCGGGCAAGGCUGCGACUGGAUCCGAAAAGCAGACCGCGUCCGCCAGGCACGGCGAGCACAGAGCUGCCUUUGAUUACGAGAAGUUUAAAAAAUGUCUGCUGAAACCGCCGUUGGGGACCGAGCAAGGCAAGCCGAGCGAUCUACAGACUCAGCAGCGUCGAGAUAAAGUCAAAGAGAUGAUGAAGUUCGCCUGGGACAACUACAAGCACUACGCCUGGGGCAAGAAUGAGCUUCGGCCUCUGACCAGGAACGGACACAUCGGGAACAUGUUCGGCGGACUGCGGGGGGCCUCUAUUGUGGACUCUCUGGACACCCUCUACAUCAUGGGACUGAUGGACGAGUUCCAGGAGGCCAAGGAGUGGGUGCAGAACAACCUGGACCUCAACUCGAAUGGAGAAGCGUCCCUGUUUGAGGUGAACAUCCGUUAUGUUGGCGGCCUGCUCUCAGCCUACUACCUGACGGGUGCAGAGGUGUUUAAGAAGAAGGUGAUCGAGCUGGGAGAGAAGCUGUUACCUGCGUUCAACACGCCCACUGGCAUUCCCCGAGGAGUCAUCAACCUGGGCAGCGGCACUAGCUGGAGCUGGGGGUGGGCCUCAGCAGGAAGCAGCAUCCUGGCGGAAUUUGGAACCCUGCACCUGGAGUUUGUCCACCUGACGGAACUUUCCAGCAAUCCUGUUUUUACUGAGAAGGUGAUGAACAUCCGAAAGCUGCUCAACAAAAUCGAAAAGCCACACGGCCUGUACCCCAACUUCCUGAGUCCUGUGAGCGGGAACUGGGUUCAGCAUCACGUGUCCAUCGGAGGCCUGGGAGACAGCUUCUAUGAGUAUCUGAUCAAAUCAUAUCUGAUGUCUGACAAGACUGACGAGGAGGCUAAGAGGAUGUACUACUCGGCCCUGGAGGCCAUUGAGGCGAACCUGGUGCAGAAGUCUCCUGGCGGACUGACCUACAUGGCGGAGUGGAGAGGGGGGCUCCUGGAUCAUAAGAUGGGCCACCUGGCCUGCUUCUCCGGAGGGAUGGUGGGGAUCGGGGCGGAUGACGGGCCACCCGAAAAGAGGCAGCACUACCUGGACCUGGCGGCCGAGAUCACUCACACCUGUCACGAGUCCUACAGUCGCUCAGCCACCAAACUGGGACCGGAGGCCUUCCGAUUCGACGGGGGCGCGGAAGCCACGGCGACCAGGUUGAGUGACAGGUACUACAUCCUGCGGCCAGAGGUCAUCGAGAGCUACAUGUACAUGUGGAGACUGACCCAUGACCCCAAGUACCGGCAGUGGGGCUGGGAGGCUGUGGAGGCCUUGGAGAAGCACUGCCGUGUGGAGGCGGGCUUCUCUGGGAUCAGGGAUGUGUACGCCACCACGGCCAGCCAUGACAACAUGCAACAGAGCUUCUUCCUCUCAGAGACCCUCAAGUAUCUGUACCUGCUGUUCUCCGACGAUGACCUGCUGUCGCUGGAGGACUGGGUCUUCAACACCGAAGCACACCCCCUGCCCAUCAUCCGCAGGACCUGCCCACAGGAGCAGGGGGCUGACGGGGUCCCGCCCGAAUAGCACACCCAUCCCUACCACCAGUGCUGGGACACACACACACACUCAUGCUCACAAACACACAAACACACAUGCACACAUGCACACACACA